AUGGAGGCUAGGUACUUGCGGGAUUUCAAGAGGGGUGACCCUCGAACUUUUAAGGGGGCAUCUGAAGAUCCAACGGUGGCACAAAUGUGGCUGAGGUCCAUUGAGUCAGUAUUUGUGUUGACCAACUGCCCUGAGGCCCAUAGGGUAGAGUGUGCUACGUUUAUGCUACGUGAUGAUGCAGAAUUGUGGUGGCAGGCCACCCGUGACCUUAUUAGUCCAAAGGGUGGUGCAAUCUCGUGGGUGGAGUUCAAGGAUGCCUUCUCUGAAGAAUAUUACCCAGCGGAUGUCCAGUUGCGAAAGCAGCAGGAGUUUACCCAAUUGAGUCAGAGGGGGCGUACUGUUACUACCUAUGCCAGGGAAUUUUCUAAGCUAAAGCGUUUUGCCCCAGAAUUAGUGAACACAGACUACAAGACAGCCCGACGAUUUGUACUGGGGUUAGAUACGAAGAUUCGUAACACGGUUGAGGCGAUUGCGCCUACCACUUACACUGCUGCCCUGAGAGCAGCUAAGGCUAUGGAAGGACCUGAUAGUUCGCGUGAACCCCCUUCAUCACCA